GCCGGAUUACAAGGGAAGGAGCCAGGCAGUGGCCAGAGUCCGCCCCGCGCUGCGCCUCCUCCUCCUCCUCUUCCUCCUCCUCCUCUUCCUCCUCCUCCUCCUCCUGCUGCAGCUGCUGAACCACAACUUUCCCAGAAAGUUCAAUAACUCGGCACCAGAGCUGCAGAGCCCCGCGCCCGGGCCACCUCGCGUCUCCCUGCAGCCGUGGAGCUCAGCUGGCUGCCCCUUCCCGCCGCCGCCGCCGCAGCCGCACCUUGUGCUGCCCGCCUCCGCCGCCUCCGCCGCCGCCUACACCCAGUGCCCUGCAGCAGCCCCGGGCAGCGGAGACGGCGGCGGCGGCGGCGGCGGCAGCUAGAUCCUCGCUCCUCGACACACCUGCCGUGGCUCCCACUGAACCACAUAGACAACGCCACGUGCACGAGUAGUGCUGAAAUCGCGUCUCCUCUUCCUCCGUAUCAUUUUUGUAACUUUACUUCCCUUCUUUUUUCCUUCCCUCUUAAAAAAAAAAGUUGCGUCCAAAAGCUUCCACUGAUCGCCCACUCCCCACCCCCACCCCACCCACAGCCCGGGUUUCCUUUCCCUUCCCUUCCUCUCAGACUUUUUUCUUAAAAGGUACAGAUAAUUGUGCAUUUUAUUUGACCCUAGAUAUUAUUUUUAAACUCCUCGCUUUAUUGCUCCGAUCUGGGGCUGCCGUUGCCCCCUUUUCAAGUGUCGCCCGGCGGAUGGAGGCGAGCCCCAUGUAGAAAUGACAGCCAUGGAAGGGGCGAGUGGGUCUAGUUUUGGAAUAGACACGAUUCUGUCCAGCGCCAGCUCGGGCAGCCCGGGUGUGAUGAACGGAGACUUUCGACAGCACGUCGAUGGCCGCAGCACGGAUUUUAGGAGCCAGGCCACCCCGUCCCCCUGUUCGGAGAUUGAUACAGUAGGAACUGCACCUUCGUCUCCCAUCUCCGUCACCCUGGAGCACCCUGAGCCCCACCUGGUUCAGGACGGCAUCCAGCACCAUCACCAUCUCCAUCACGGGCAGCCUCCGCCGCCUCCGCCACAGCAGCAGCCGCAGCCACCGCCGCCGACACAAAGUUUGCAGUCUUCCCCGCAGCAGCAGCCGCAGCAGCAACCUCCGUCUCAGCCGCAGCCGCAGCCGCAGCUGGGCUCGGCGGCCUCGGCCCCCAGGACUUCCACGUCUUCUUUUUUAAUUAAAGACAUUCUGGGCGACAGCAAACCGCUGGCCGCUUGUGCACCGUACAGCACCAGUGUCUCGUCUCCCCAUCAUACUCCGAAACAAGAGGGGAACGCUGCCAACGAGAGCUUCAGGCCAAAACUCGAGCAAGAAGACAGCAAAACCAAACUCGACAAGCGCGAUGAUGUCCAGAACGACGUCAAAUGCCACGGAACAAAGGAAGAAGGCGACCGGGAGAUUACAAGUAGCCGGGAAAGUCCCCCAGUCAGGGCCAAGAAACCUCGGAAAGCGAGGACAGCCUUCUCAGAUCACCAGCUUAACCAGCUAGAGCGGAGUUUCGAGCGACAGAAGUACUUGAGUGUGCAGGAUCGCAUGGACCUCGCCGCCGCUCUCAAUCUUACAGACACCCAGGUUAAGACCUGGUAUCAGAACCGGAGAGUCCCCCCAUCUCAAUUGCUCACCUCCCCAUGUAAAACUUUCUGUGCCAGCUACAAGAAAAGGAAAGAUCAGAAGAAUCGAAUUAAUGACGAAAUGGAAAAGGCAGACAAUUACUCUGCGCUUCAGAGAAUGUUUCCGUCCCCCUAUUUCUACCACCCGAGCCUGCUGGGCAGCAUGGACAGUACCACAGCCGCAGCAGCCGCUGCCGCCAUGUACAGCAGCAUGUACCGGACUCCUCCUGCACCCCACCCGCAGCUCCAGCGGCCCCUUGUGCCCCGGGUUCUGAUCCACGCUGGGCCCGGGGGCCAGCCGGCUCUCAACCCUUUGUCCAACCCUAUCCCGGGGACCCCGCACCCCCGGUGAAGAGCGACAUUGAUGCCCCUGCUCGCCUAGCUUUCCCGGACCCCCUCCCUCGCCCUCCCCUGCCCUCCCCAGCGCCAGGCAACUACCUGCCCCUCGCAGAGGACACAAAGAGGAGAAGUAAGAGGACGAAGAGGAAACUCACAAGUGGGUGUGGGUACGGGGGUUGU